AUGCCCGUCCCUCUGGCGUUCAAUGACAAUGUCGGCGAGACAAUCCCCGCCGACACUCCCCACAAAUGGGUCAUGGACAAGAUGAAGUGUGGCUACCCUCGUUUCUUCAUUCACAAGAGCAUCGACCGUCUUGCCACCGAAAUCCUCAAGCGCUACGGCAGUCCAUCGCAAAAGGCCAUGCUAUUCCCCACCCACAAAGUCGCCAAUCGUCUACUUGAAUUCAUGCACCGCAUAGCCCCCGAGUCUCAAGGCACUGCCCGCAUCAUCGACUUCGUCCCCAACCCCAAGAUCGAAUCACACGACGAGUCACAACACGUCCUGCCACGCUUGUCCGCUGUCCUCUAUCCCGCCGACCUCUGGCCCGUCGCAAAACAAGUCUGGCAGCACAGUGGAGAUGGUGUGUCUAGCAGAAGAGCCGAGUUUGUCGAGAAGCAUCUGCUUGAUGGUACAAUGGUCGACAAGGCUUCCAUCUAUGACAAGCCACGCAAGGGCCCUCGCAGAUACCAGCGCCAGAUGUCAAUCGACACUCCUCACCAGUCUCCAACCUCGGAAAAGGACGACAAAGACAGCUCCGAUCCAUUUGCCUUUGUUGAAGAAAGAUUUGGUCGCAAUUUAAAUGUUCAAUUCGCUGAACAAGCAAAGCUCGCUAUCCGCCGCCGUAUUGCUGGUUCCCUGACUUCAGACGCCGACUUGAAGGAAGCCUUGAAGCACCCAGAAGAUGUGGAACGCACGAGAAGUGCUGAAGGCUUCUCCGUCGACGAUGUCUUCCUCUACCCUACUGGCAUGAGUUCUAUCUUCAACACACAUCGCACCAUGAUGGCAAUCCGACCCAAAAACAAAAGCAUCAGUUAUGGCUUCCCAUAUGUUGACACUCUGAAGAUCCUUGAGAAGUGGGGUCCAGGUGCCCUCUUCUAUGGAAAUGGUUCGCAAGAGGAUCUGGAUGACCUGGAGAAGCGUCUUGAGUCUGGAGAGCGCUUCCUUGGUUUCUUCUGCGAGUUCCCCAGCAAUCCUCUACUAAAGUGUCCCGACUUGCAACGUAUUCGUCAAUUGGCCGACAAGUACGACUUUGCCGUUGUCAUUGACGAGACGAUUGGCAAUUUCCUGAAUGUUCACGUGUUGCCAUAUGCCGAUGUUGUGGUUAGCAGUUUGACCAAGGUCUUUUCUGGCGACAGCAACGUCAUGGGAGGAUCCGCCAUCCUGAAUCCUGCAGAUUACGAGGACAACUUCUUCGAGGAAGACGCCAUGUUCCUGGAGCGCAACAGCAGAGACUUUGUGUCUCGUAUUGCUCGCAUCAAUGUUAACGCCGAAACCAUCUGUGACGUCUUGAUGCAGCACCCUCGUAUCAAGCAAGUCAACUACCCAAAACACUCACCAUCAAGGAAGUACUACGAUGCUUGUAGGCUUCCCAAAGGUGGUUAUGGAGGUCUCUUGUCUGCCACUUUUUACUCGAUGGACGAUGCCAUGCUCGACUGGGCUGCGACAUUCGGCGUAGAAGCCAACCUCGUGCGUUUCAGUGUCGGUCUUGAGGAAACCGAGGCCCUGAAGAAGGUCUUCAAGACUGCACUUGACGCCAUACCACAGACGGAGACGAACGGCAACGGCAACGCGGCAUAG